AUGAUAAAGUCAUAUCUUCUUAAUUCAAGUGUAAAAGAUGCAAAACUUAACGUUAAACAUGAAAAUAAUAGUUACAUUUUUGAAUAUCCAUGUGUUAACUAUUAUGAAUGCACAUAUUAUGUUCUUGAAAUGCAGCCUGGAAUCUAUAAGUUUGAACUUUAUGGUGCAUCAGGUGGCAGCGGCAGUGGGCAUGUUCCAUCAUAUCGAUUUCCCAAUGGAAGCUGUAUUUCACAAGACAGAGUUAAACGUGUGAAUGGAAAUACUGUCUGCAAACAAUUACCAAGUACUGGAGGUGCAGGUGCAUAUAUUUCUGGCUACUCAGUUCUUUUUCAUCCAAUGAAAGCUUUUGCUACAAUUUGA